CAAACCUCUACAUCUGGAAACCAUUGACAACAAGGGAAAGAAGAGGCAAAACUUUGCGCUAAUAGAAAAGUGGAAAGAAGAACAAAGGAAAGACAAAACAGCAGAGGAAGACAAACAUGCACAUCUAAGGCUGUAACAAAGAAAGGGAAAAGAGAAACUUCCAAGACAGAAAGAGGGAGACAAAUAUUCCAAGUCCUACGAUCGGAGCAAAAAAAAGAGGUGCACUGGUUUUCAUCUGUGCUGCUUUCUUGUGUGAAGGAGUUCUUAACAACAACGGGGAGCCACACGGACGUCUAUGGAAUUUAAAACAAGGAAUCUGACUACAAAGGGUUUGCAUUAGCUGACGACAAAAAUCCUCAGUCUCAGCAAAGGCAUCUGGCCAAAUCACAAGAGAAGCACUCGUGCCCAGAGGAGGACCUCGUCUGUCAGCUGGAACAGUUACCCUUUCGUCACCUCACAGGAAUCUUACCACCGACCACAGGAUGACCGUGACACGGAGAUGCCUGUGCUGCGUCAAGUACCUCAUGUUCAUCUUCAACUUAAUCUUCUGGCUGGGAGGAUGUGGCCUGUUCGGUGUGGGGGUCUGGUUGUCCUUCAAACAGGCAGAGAUCUCCGCUCUCCCUCUAUCCUUUCCCUCCCUCUCUGCUGCCAAUCUGCUGCUGGUCGCCGGGGGUAUCACCAUGGUGACAGGCUUCCUGGGUUGCCUAGGCGCCCUGAAGGAGCAGCGGUGCUUGCUGAUGACGUUUUUCGUCAUCCUCCUGAUCCUGGUCCUCACUGAAGUGGUUCUAGCUGUGACUGUCCACGUCUACCAGGAGGAGCUGGAUAAAAAAGCACAGGCUGAUUUGUUAGAGGGAAUGGAAAACUACCAGACCGACGAACGCCUAAAGCUUUCAUGGGACACUGUGCAGAAAAUGUUCAAGUGCUGCGGUGUGACCAAAAAGGAGGACUGGUACAAUGUGAUGGGCGAGCUCAUUUUGCCAGCGUCCUGCUGUCUAAGCGGUGAUUCGUGUGAGGAUGGCAAGGAAUGGCAAGAGCCUUGCUAUCAGAAGGCCAGAACGUGGCUCCUCGAUAACAUCACCUCAGUGCUGGUAUUUGGAAUCUGCAUCGUUAUUGUUCAGCUCUUGGCUUUGGUCUUCUCCAUGAUGAUGUACUGCCAAAUCAGGCGGGCAGAGAAGUACCUGGACUGACCAGAGGUCUACUGCGCAGAGGUGCAAUCUGGACGGAGAUGAUUCCACUCACACACUCCCCAUAUUUGGUGUUACACCUCGGUUGUGCAACAUCAACCUAACAUGAAUGUACAUACUCCUCCUGUCUUUUACCCACACAAUAUUUCAGGAACUUUUGAAAAAACUUCACAAUUGAUAAAAAAAAAAAACAAAUCUGCAAUGGACUGCUAUGUGUGUCUCCAAAGUUGUGUGGUGAAUUUAAAGCAGAGUGGCAUAAAUGUGGAUAUACAGCAAUUCUGAUGUAAUUAUGACAGUAUUAUCUUUUUCGAAUACUGUAAUCCAGUUCUGAUAUCUGCCAUCUCUCCUGGGUCAGACCCUGUAUGUUAGAACUGACUAAUUUAUCUCACAUUUAAGAUUCUGCCUUUUCAUAGAGGCAAGGACUUCUGUUGUGAUCUAAGGGAUGGCAUCUUUGUAAUUGGGCAUUAAUGUAAACAUUUCAUUUCAAAAAAAGAAAAAUGCGUACCGUAAUAUUGAUUUUAUAUUGUAGUGUGAUUUAUGGUAAAUAUUUUGGUUGUUCUUUAAAUGGCAAUUUAGACGCUUUAAGUUGUUUAUAACCAACCAUAUGUCCCUUCUCGCAUAGGCACAUCCUGGGCAUGUACAGCAACCUGUUUCUCAUUGUAAAUAUCUGUAUGCAUUUACCAUAGUAGAAUAAAGACAGCAACAAUU